AUGCCAACCAAGGGGCAGCACAGGCCCUUCCUAAUCAGCCCAACCAAGGAACAAUUGGCUCUUCUACAGUCCAAGGGGCAGCUCAGGCCCAACCUAAUCAGCCCAGCCCAACUAGAGGCAGAGGGAGAGGUAGAGGAACUACUACAGGAAGAAGAAGAUGAUAUGGGAGAGGAGAAAUGCCAAAUGGAAGAGGAAAUGUUGGAAAUGGGACAACAGAAAUGCCAAACAAGCCAUCUUCAUCACAACCACUCCCAUCAUCAUCAUAGCCACUCUCUUACACUGGAGCUCAUCAUCAUCAUCACAACCACCCAAGUCUCCUGCCAAGAAGCUUAG